UAUACCUAGUGCUGUAUUUCAUAUAUGGAGGCAGACCAGCCCUGGUAUCCAAGCAAGUAACAAGGCACCCAGACUGGCCACAGCCUACUACAGUUGAGGUAGGCCAUUACACUUGGGCAGGUCAGUUCAGUUCUCAUGUUAUCGCAAGAUUAAAUUGGACAAUUGACAAGAAAUAAUACCAAAUGUGGUGUCUCUCCAAAACCAGACCAGCUCGGGUACCCUGGCUUCUCUUUCUUGCUUGCGAAAUGUGAAUUUACUUUUUGUGUUAAAUUUCUUGAGGCACUAUUAAAGCUGUGUACAGUGUAAAAUAGCAUAGUAAGUGCACCAGGAGGGAUUGUGGCUUUAACAUAUAUCUCAUUUUUUAUAGGAUUAUGUUCGUCGUAAACUGAAAGCAUUGAAUGCUUAUGAGAGUAAUCUAGCAUACGUUUGA